GCACGUUUGUUUGGGUUUAGCUAGCAUUAGCUUCUCAGCUACACAGAUAAAGGACAGGGACAUGACUUCGUAGUUACGAGUUACCUCGCGGUUAUAUGACAUUGAACUGAUGUAAACGGUGGGUCAUUUCUCAUCGCGUUCAAACAUGAAGACCGUGUUCGUGACUGUCGGUACCACCAGUUUUGACGAGCUCAUUGAAGCCAUCAUCAGCCCGGCUGCUGUGGAGGUUUUGAAAGACCGUGGAUAUGAGAGGCUGGUUCUUCAAGUUGGAAGAGGCACCGUUUUUCCAACAUCUAAGACCUGUUCACACAUCACUCUGGAGACCUUUCGUUAUAAGGACUCAAUCGCGGAGGAUAUCAAGAACGCUCAUCUCAUCAUCAGUCAUGCAGGUGCAGGGAGUUGCUUGGAGGCACUCAGUGCUGGCAAGCCUCUGCUAGUUGUUGUCAAUGACAAACUGAUGAACAACCACCAACUGGAACUGGCCAAACAGUUGCACUCUGACUCCCAUUUACUAUACUGCACAUGCAGCACCCUGACAGCAACAUUGAGGACCAUGAAUCUCUCUAUCCUCCAGCCCUUUUUGCUCGGACAACCCCAAAUUGCCAACUUUUUAGACAAAGCACUGGAGUAAAAUGAGAUCUCUGCCAUUAUACUCAUAGACAUAUACACGUACUAUGAUCUUGCUACAUGCUUGAAAUUGAUAACUUAAAGGUGCACUAUGUAUUUUUCUAGCAGAAGAUCUGCCACCAACAUGGACAUGUUAAGACUCUGCUUACAAUGUUCCACAGUUUGGCAAGUGGCACCAUUAUUGUUGCAAGUUGCAGAUCAGAUAUUUGGAGAGGUGAACCUGCUCAGUAAGAAUGCAUAUUUUUCGGGGUCUUUCAAACCAAACAUGCACUAAAGGAGGGGAGCCUUUAUAUCUGUGAGCAAUUUCACAUGGACAACAUUUUUAUUAAAUGUUUGGUUGAAUCUAUUUGCUUAGGAAUUAAGAGUCCUAAACUGUCAAACAUAAAUUCUCCAUCUGAUUAUUUCAUACCCAGGUUUAAAGGAACAACUUAUGUGUAGGCCUGUCAUGAUAACACAUUUUGAAAUACAAUAUAUGGCUGAAGAAAAUAUAGGCGAUAAAUGACAUGACAUUAAAACCAUUAUGCCACUGACAUAAAAACCCUGAAGCAGGAAUUUUCCCCAAAAAACACUAUUCUAUAUGUACAGUACUGGUAAUGAACUGAGCUGCAAUAAAUACAUGAAACACUUGAUGAGUCAUAGAAGUUAUUUAUUCAAACUUCAGCUUCAGCUGAAAUCUUACAAAGUACAAAAAAAUUACAAAAACAGAAAGAAAAAGUGCCCAUGAUAAAUAUG